AUGCUACAAGUCGGCGCUGGCAAGGUCUCUGGCGUCACCCGCUGUCGCAACCCAACAGUGGACUUCAUCAGCGAACACGACCUCGAGGUGGACUCAUAUCAAGGGGAACCAGAAAUGAAAAUCUCCGCCCAGCUGAAGGAACGCCUUUGCGCCCCAUGGAAGGGCACGCUGGUUGUCCGGCUAUUAGGAAGGUCAGUCUCCUACCAGUAUCUCUGCUCACAAUUACGUUGGAGAUGGAGACCCAGCGGAACCAUGGAGAUUUUGGAUUUGAACAACUCCGCCUUUCUGGUUAGCUUGGGUAAUGAACAGGACUACCUCAACGCCCUGACCGGCGGGCCUUGGGUCAUUUUGGAUCACUAUUUGAUCGUCCAUCUGUGGUCGCAUUCCUUUCACACCUCCGAUAAACCACAUCGAGCCAUGGUGGCCUGGGUUCAGCUACCAGAGCUUCUGAUCCAUUUCUAUCACUGGGAAAUCCUGUUUGCUCUAGAUAAUUUACUGGGACGAACAAUCAAACUUGAUUAUCAUACGGAACACCUGGAAAGCGGCAAGUUCGCAAGAUUGGCCGUAGAACUAGAUAUGACAAAGCCAUUGAAGACCCGUAUCCGGCUAGAUGGUGCCUGGCAACAGGUGAUGUAUGAGAACCUUUCGGAGAUCUGUUUAGAAUGCGGCCGUUUUGGUCACUCUGAAUCCACAUGUUCCAUCGUGCAUCAAUCUCCCAGGAAAGCACCACAAGCACAAACAUCGAAGGUUUUGGUCACGGCGGAAGUCCAAUCGGAGGAACCGACGGCAGGGUACGGAUCCACCGCUUGCUGGAUCAGGGGAAGACAUCACAGCCUGGGGAUUGAGCCGGAUGGAAAGUUCAAGCUCCGCAUAGCCUAUGCGGCGGCUGCGGAUUGGAUUGGGGACGAGGUCCGAGAGUUGGAAGAAGCAACUGACCAGGCGUACUGGAAGACGCUAUGGAAAUGGACGGGCCCAAACAGCAUUAAGCAUUUUCUAUGGCUACCUUUUCAUGACAGCCUUGGGUUUACAGGUUGGUUGGAUGCACACCUCAAGAAGGAAGAAGAAGGCAUUCUCUUCAGAGUUGCCGCUUGGUACAUUUGGAAGCGGCGGAACGAGAAAGUCUUUUAUAACCUUAAUCAGGAAGACCAUGUGUUGGUGCACAGGAUCAAAUGCUGGACGAACACUAUCCGGCAAGCUCAAGCGGACGAUAAGGCCUCCCACACUGCUAUCCCAAAGAAAUCCGCACACCAGAUCGCUUGGGAUCCCCCCCCCCCACACACACACAGGGAUGAGUAUGCGUCAACAUUGACGGAUCUAUCAUACAACCUGGUUCGAUAG